AUGGAUAGAAUCCCAACGGUCGAGGCGCUCGGUAAACGGGGUGUGGUGGUUUUGGACGACAUGUGCAACUUUUGUCACGGGUAUACCGAUUCGGUCACUCACAUUUUCACUGCUUGUCCGCUUGCAUUGGGUGUGUGGGAGAAAAUCAGUUUUUGGUGUCGUAUCCCGAGGUUCUUCGUUUUUUCGUUUAGAGAUCUUAUUGAAAUGCAUAAUGUGGGUAACAAAGGUCAGGCAGAACGUGACGCUCUGCAUGGUGUGUUGUUGAUUGCGUGUUGGCAGCUUUGGAAGGCGAGAAACAAGCUUAGGUUUAACGGUGUUAGGCCUAGCGUAGAUGAGGUUUUUCGCGAAGUUAGAAUUCUUAGUUUUUUUUGGUUUAAACACAGAGCGAAAAAAGGGGUUUUUGAAUGGAGGGACUGGUGUAAAUUUGUAAAUUUGUAA